AGGGCCGUUUUGGCUCAAAAAGUAAUCCUCAGCUCUAAGUUCCCAUUGCUUCAGAUCGUUCCCGCGAGAUGUCGACCGCCGACGUGUCAAAAGCCGCCGCCCUUGGCCUGUCGGCCGCGGCGGGCGCAGCGCUGGCACUCGCUAUCCAGAAGAAGGCGCAAGGCUCCCGCGUGGAGGCGCCCGCGAAGUUCGUGCUGGACCCUCGCACCGCUGCUGCCUUGGAGGCGGCGCGCAAAGAGUGCGGGGAGGGCAAGUGGGGCCCCGACGACGGGGCCACGGCCACGGCGUGGGUGGCCUAUCAGAUGUCCGACAACGCGUUCAUCUUCCCCAUCACCCCCUCCACCCUCCUCUCAGAGAUGUGUGAUACCUGGUCCGCCGGCGGCGUUCAGAACGCUUUCGAGCAGGUCACCAAGAUCACCCAGCUGCAGUCGGAAGCCGGCGCGGCGGGGUCUAUGCACGGGGCCUUGUCGGUGGGAGGCCUGGCCACCACCUUCACAGCCUCCCAGGGCCUGCUGCUCAUGGUGCCCAACAUGUACAAGAUCGCCGGGGAGCUCAUCCCCUGCGUGAUGCACGUGGCGGCCCGCGCGGUGGCGGGUCAGGCUCUCAGCAUCUUCGGGGACCAGAACGACAUCCAGGCCGUUCGGUCCACGGGCUUCGCGAUCUUGUUCGGGAGCUCCGUGCAGCAGUCCCUAGACUUCGCCCUGGCCUCGCACAUCGCCACCCUGCGGAGCCGGGUGCCCUUCGUGCACGCCUUCGACGGCUUCCGCACCAGCCACGAGAUCCAGAAGAUCCAGGCGUUGCCCAAGGAGGUCUUCGGCAAGGUGGCGGAGAUGCUGGCGGAGGAGAUCGACGCACACCGGGCGCGGGGGCUGAAUCCCAACCACCCCCACGCCCGGGGCACCGCUCAGUGCGACGACAUCUACUUCCAGGCGGUGGAGGCCGCGAACAAGUACUACCUCAACGUGCCCCACUUCGUGGAGGAGGCCUUUGCCUGGAUCGAGAAGCUCUGCGGCCGCAAGUACGAGCUCUUUGAGUACGUGGGCAGCAAGAACGCCAAGUACGUGGUGGUCUUGAUGGGCUCCGGCGCCGGCGUGGUGGAAGAGUACCUCAUGAAGAUGGGCUCGAAGGCGAAGGAUUGCGGGGUGCUGAACGUCCAUUUGUACCGCCCCUGGAGCGAGAAGCACUUCCUGGCGGCGCUGCCGAGCCUGGGCUCGUUGCGGGCCAUCGCGGUGUGCAACAAGAUGAAGGACCCGGCCGCCCACGGGGAGCCCCUCUUCCUGGACGUGUGCACGUCGCUGCAGCGUGCCGGGUGCACGGCCAAGGUCAUCAACGGCCGCUACGGUCUCUCCAGCAAGGACUUUACGCCGGGCAUGGUGGACGCCAUUUACCGGAACCUGCGGUGCAGAAAUUUCCAGCACCCCUUCACUGUGGGCCUGGAGGACGACGUCACCCACUACUCCCUGCCCUACGGGAGCCUGGAGACCGUGCCCGAGACGACCAAGCAGUGCAUCUUCUGGGGCUUCGGCAGUGAUGGCACAGUGGGCGCCAACAAGAACACCAUCAAGAUCAUCGCUCAGAACACCCCGCUCUAUGCGCAGGGGUACUUCAAGUACGACGCCUUGAAGUCCGGCGGCGUGACCAUCUCCCACCUGCGCUUCGGGCCUGAGCCCAUCAGGGGCAGCUACUUGAUCGAUGCCGGGUGCAACUACCUGGCCAUCCACAAGAAGGAGUACAUCUUCAGCUUCUACGCGGAUUUGCUGCUGGGCCCCUUGGCCCGAGAAGGCACGCUGGUGCUGAACUGCCCCUGGUCGGACCAAGAGCUGGAGGACAUCCUGCCGCCGCCCUUCAGGAAGAUUGUGGGGGAGAAGAAGCUCAAGGUGAGCGCCAUCGACGCCAGCGCGGUGGCAAAGCGCACAGGCAUGGGCAAGCUGAUCAACAACAUCAUGACCGCCGUCUUCUUUGAGCUUUCGGGGGUGCUCCCCACAGAGCAGGCGCUGAGCUUGCUGAAGGACGCGGUGAAGAAGACCUACAAGAACAAGGGCGAGGCCAUUGUCAACCAGAACAUCAGCGCAGUGGAGGCCGCCAUCGCGGCGCUGCGCACCGUGCAGUACGACGCGGCCAAGUGGGCGGCGGUGAGCUGCGACGUGGAGGCCGUCUAUGCGAAGGAGCGGAGCGGCGAGGCCCCCAAGUAUGUCACGGAGAUCCUGGACAAGGUGCAGACCAUGCGGGGCCACGAGCUGAAGGUCUCAGACCUGGAGGCGGACGGCUGCGUGCCGCUGAGCCAGACCAAGUUCGCGAAGCGCGGCGUGGCGGAGGCGGUGCCGGUGGUGGACAUGGACAAGUGCAUCCAGUGCAACGUCUGCAGUGCCAUUUGUCCGCACGCGGUGAUCCGGCCCUUCUUGCUGUCCCACGCGGAACUCAAGCAGGCGCCGGAGUCCUUCGAGGCGCGGAAGGCCACGGGGGGCAACACCUACGCGGGGCUCCACUUCCGCAUCCAGGCCUCGCCCAACGACUGCACGGGCUGUGAGGUGUGCACCAACGCCUGCCCCGUGGGGGCCUUGUCCAUGCUGCCGCGCGUGGAGUCCUUGACGAAGGGCCACGGUGCCAACUGGGACUACGCCCUGAGCGUGCCCAACCGCGGCCAGCGCUUUGACGCGAACACCCUCAAGGGCUCCCAGUUCCAGGAGCCACUUCUGGAGUUCUCAGGGGCCUGCGAGGGCUGCGGGGAGACGCCCUAUGCCAAGCUGGUGACCCAGAUGUUCGGCAAGCGUCUCAUCGUGGCCAAUGCCACGGGGUGCUCGUCGAUUUGGGGCGGCACCGCUGGGUGGGUGCCGUAUGCCACAGACUCGAAGACUGGGAAGGGCACUGCUUGGGGCAACUCGCUCUUCGAGGACAAUGCGGAGUACGGCUUGGGCCAGGUCAUGAGCGUGAAGCAGCGCCGGCGCUUGCUGCGUGACCGGGUGGAGGCUGCCCUGGCGCGCGCGGGCAAGGUGAUGAGCAUCGCGCUGAGGAGUUUGCUGGAGCAGUGGCUGGAGUUCGGAGAGGACGGGGUGAUCUCGGAGCGGCUGAGCGACGAGCUGCAGCCGCUGCUGGAGGCGGAGAAGGGAAAGGCCAAGGAGAUCGCCGAGAUGGUGCGUCUGAAAGACUUGUUCACGAAGCCCUCCAUGUGGAUGUUCGGCGGGGACGGCUGGGCCAACGACAUCGGCUACGGCGGCAUCGACCACGCCAUCGCCAGCGGCAACAACGUGAAGAUCGUCGUGCUGGACACUGAGGUCUACAGCAACACGGGGGGCCAGAGCUCCAAGAGCACGCCCAUGGGCGCCGUGGCCAAGUUCGCCCAGGCGGGCCGGGACCAGCGGAAGAAGGACCUCGGCGCCAUGGCCAUGGCCUACCAGCACGUCUACGUGGCCUCCUGCGCCAUCGGGGCCAACUACAAGCAGACCGUGGAGGCCUUCAAGGAGGCGGAGAACUACGAGGGGCCGGCGGUGCUGCUGUGCUACUCCCCGUGCAUUGAGCACCGCUUCUUCAAGACCGGGCUGUCCGCCAUGUCCUUGGACCAGAAGGACGCGGUGGAAUGCGGGUACUGGCCCCUGUACCGCUUCAACCCGCAGCUGGCGAAAUGCGGCGGCAACCCCUUCAUCCUUGACUCCAAGAAGGUCACCGGGGAUGUGAUGAAGUUCCUGAACCGACAGAACAGGUACGCUCAGCUGGUGCGCUCCUCCCCGGCGGUGGCGGAGAAGCUGCAGGGCGAGCUGCAGGUCUACCUCAAGGACCGCCACGCCUCGCUGCGGGAGAAGGCGGCGCAGCUGUCGAAGGAGGCGCAGUCGCUGAAGGAGGGCCUGCAGGGCGCCAGCUCCUCUGAGCAGGUGGUCAUUGCCUUCGGCUCCGACACCGGGGUCACGGAGCAGGUGGCGAAGAAGUUCGCAGGCCUCUGCGCGGAACGCAACGUGCACGUGCGGAGGGUCUGCGACUUGGACGAGCUGAGCGACAUGGAGGAGUUCAAGUCGGUGACUUCCGGCGCGGUCUGCGUGGUGAUGUGCGCCACCUGCGGCCACGGAGACUUCCCGCAGAACUCCGGGCUCUUCUGGAGCGGCUUGUCAUCGCCGAGCCUCGCCAACAAGGAGUUGGCGGAGAUGCGGUUCUGCGUCUUCGGCAUGGGCGACCGCAGCUACCACGACUCCUUCUGCGAGGCCGCCAAGAAGAUCGAGGCGCGCAUGGUGGAGCUGGGCGCAGAGAAGCUGCUGGACAUGGGCAUCGGGGACGACCGGGAUGAGGACAAGUGGGAGACCGGCUUCAGCGCCUGGCUCCCGAAGCUCUGGGCCACCCUCCGCGCGGCCGAGCCCUCGGACGACGGGAGGCCCAAGGCGCCGCUCUUCGCGGUGAAGUACCACGACCAGGCGGCCACUCAGACGGCGCCGCUGGUGCCGCCCGGGUCCCAGCUGCUGACCAUCACGGAGAACACGCGGCUCACGCCCAGCGGCUACGAGCGGGACAUCCGGCACCUGGCACUGGGCCUGGAGGGCCUGGACUUCCCCUUCGACCUGGGAGAUGCGGUGGCCAUCUACCCGGAAAACCUGCCAGAGGACGUGGACCGGGCCCUGAAGUUCCUGGACCUGGACGGCGGCGCGGUGAUCACCGUCUCCUGCGCGGAGAACGUCUCCGAGCGCCACCGCCGGGCCUUCGACCGCCGGGUCACGGUGCGCCAGGUGCUGACCAGCCUGCUGGACCUCUUCGGGCGCCCGGCGCGGUCCUUCUGCCUGGAGCUGGCGCGCUUCGCGUCAAAUGCGGAGGCGAAGCAGCUGCGGGGCCUGGCGGAGGUGGAUGCGGACGCCUUCCCAGCCAAGAAGGACGAGUGGGCGGCGCUGACAGAGCAGUGCCCCAGCUACUUCGACCUCAUGCUGAAGUUCCCCAGCGCCAAGAUGCCGCUGGACCAGCUGCUGUCCACGCUGCCGUUGUUGAAGCCCCGCAUCUACUCGGUGGCCUCAGAUGCCAGGUACAGCCCCGAGAAGGUGGAGUUUACCAUCGUCAUCAACCAGUGGAAGGCAAAGUCCGGUGAGCUGAAGACGGGCACCUGCACCAAGUUCAUCCAGCAAGCGCCGGUGGGCAAGCAGGUGGCCUGCGCGGUGGUGUGCGGAACCUUCCAGUUCCCGGAGAAGGACACCACCCCCAUGGUCAUGGUGGGCCUGGGCACGGGCAUCGCGCCCAUCCGCUCCUUCCUGCAGGACAAGCUGUACAAGAAGCAGCAGGGCAUUGCCACCGGCCCCAUGGUGGUGUUCUAUGGCUGUCGUCACGAGGAGGAAGAGCUUUUGUACAAGGACGAGUGGCGGAUGUACCAGCGCGAGGGGGUGCUCACCAAACUGGUGGGCGCCUUCCAAUUCGACAAGCCUCACUACCCCCCCAAGCAGAUCUUCGUGUCCGACAAGAUGGCGGAGCAGCCGGCGCUGAUCAGCGACCACCUGCUCAAAGGCGGCUACUUCUUCAUGUGCGGCCCGGCGGUGGCCACGCCCUCGGUGCAGAAGGCGCUGAAGGCGUCACUGCUGCAGACGGGCGGCCCAGGCGCUCCCAAAUCCGAGAAGGAGGCGGAUCAAUGGUUCAAGGACUUCACAGCUGCAGGACGGUACUCGGAGGAGUCCUACUAAGCCCUCGCCCGCUGCGAUGCGCACGAGGAGAAAAUUGUUCCACAUGGCUCGAUGCGGCCAUGUUUCAUUCCCUAAGGGGACGUUCCGUUUCUAACAAAAGGCGCAGCGAUGCGCCCAUGGAAUCAUGAGAAUUGUGCCAUGACCUUUUGCUCUGCCCGGGGUGAUGUCGAAGAGGACAUCGCCGGGCUCCUGGCUAGGGCUGUUAAAUCCACUGGGAGCGGGUCACUGGGACACUGCCUCUUGGCUUUUUUAAUCGCACUCCCAGAUUUUGGGCGAUGGGAUGGCAAGUAGCCCGCGUUGCCGAGGCGGACCUCGAACCCUCAGACACGUCCU